AUGGCCGACGAGACUCCUGUCGCUGCCCCUGCUGAGGCCGUUGACCAGUCCGAGCGCGAGGCGGCUGCGGCCAGCGACAAGCCUACCGACCAGGAGAAUGAGAACGUGACCACCACCGAGGAGAAGCCCACCGACACCACGAGCGCAAACGAUGAGAAGAAGGAGGCCGAGAACGGCACCGAAGAAUCCAAAACCUCUGGCGACGCCGAUGAGACCAAGGAUGAAUCUGCCGCUCCGCCCGCUGCUGCUGAUGAGGAGCAGGCUGAUGGCGCCGAGACUGCUGCGCCAGAGGCCAAUGGCGCCCCGGCCGCUUCCAAGAAAUCCUCCAAGGAUCGUCGCCGCUCCAGUGGUGUCGGUGAAAAGUCCAAGCUCAACAAGCGCAAGUCGAUGCCUAAGCUCACUCAGUUGAAUGUGAAGCCUGGCGAGUACUACCUUGCGCGUCUGCGUAGCUAUGCGCCUUGGCCGUCCAUCAUCUGCGAUGAGGAGAUGCUCCCCCCUAUCUUGGUCGAGAACCGUCCCGUUACCGCGGCGCAGCCUGAUGGCACUUACCGCGCCGACUACGCAGAUGAUGGGAAGCGGGCUCACGAGCGGACUUUCCCAGUGAUGUUCCUCCAGAGCAAUGAGUUCGCUUGGAUUCCUAACACUCAGCUCACCCCUAUCACGCCCGAAGAGUGCAAAGACGUCCCCGAGAAGGGAAAGGCCAAGGGUUUGAUCGCGGCGUACAAGGUUGCCGCGGAGGGUCACGACUUGGACUACUUCAAGCAGAUGCUCGCCGACCACGAGGCCGCCAUCCAGCAGGAGAUUGAGGAGGAGGAGGCCGCUGAGGCUGCUAAGGCCGCCGCCAAGGCCGAGAAGGAAGCCGCAAAGGAGGCUGCCAAGGCCGAAAAAGAAGCGGCCAAGAAGGCUACCAAGAACAAGCGCAAGAGCAAGGGAGCCGAGACCGACGUUGAGAUGGAGGAUGUUGAUGACUCGAAGAAGGCCAAGCCUGCCUCUAAGAAGCGCAAGAACGAGGUCGACGCUGAGGCCGAGAAGCCUGCAAAGACUCCCAAGACCAGCACAAAACUCAAGUUGACCACUCCCAAGGCCCCCGCCGAGGAGAAAAAGACACCUGCGAGCAAGGCGAAGAAGGCCGCCACGAAGAAGAGCAAGGCUGCAGUUGAGGAGGAUUCUACCCCCGAGGCCAAGGAGCCUGAGAAGCAGGUCGAUCCCGAGGAGUUGCGAAAGAAGAAGGAGAAAGAAGUUCUCUUCCUCCGCCACAAGUUGCAGAAGGGUUUUAUUUCCCGUGAAAUGCCUCCCCAAGAGGACGAGAUGGCCACCAUGGUUACUUACUUUGACAAGUUGGAGAAGCACACGGAUCUGGAAGUGUCCAUUAUUCGCGCCACUAAGAUCAACAAGGUCCUGAAGAUGAUUGUCAAGCUUGACACCAUCCCUCGUGACGAGGAAUUCCAAUUCCGCCAACGCGCUCUUGGUAUCCUGACAAGCUGGAAGAGCGUGCUAGAGGCCGAUGCCCCCGCGCCAUCGGACAAGGAGGCCAAGCCUGCCACCAAUGGCGCUGCCAAGGAGGAAGCUGCCGACACCCCCAAGGCAGAGACCGAGGAGGAGAAGGAGGGCGAGAGCAAGGCUGAAGCCGAUGAUACCCCGAUGCCCGACGCCGAUGCGGAUAAGACUGAGCCUGAAGCUGCCGAAAAGGGUGAGGCCAAGGAUGACAAGGAGACAGAAGAAGCAGCCGAGGAGAAGGCUGAGGACAAGGCCGAAGAGGAAUCGGAGCAGAAGGAUGAUGAAAAGACCGAGGAGAAGACCGAAGAGGCAACGGAAUAA